UGUUCGCGAUCGAUGUUCCAUCUGUGACGCACUGCAUGCACUGCACACUCAGUUUGAAGUGCUAAUUCAGAAUUCUGCCACGACGAGAGUGCUUGCGAUUUCUGAUCACUGCAAAAAUGACAACCUACACAGACAAAGGACCGAAGCCGGAUGCUGGCCGGUUCGUUGCAUUCGAUCAUAUUUCUUUUUGGGUCGGCAAUGCCCUCCAAGCUGCAACCUUUUACUGUGUGCGUAUGGGUUUUGAACCCUUCGCCUACAGGGGCCUGCAAACAGGAAGUCGACAAGUCUGUACCCAUGUUGUCCGCCAAGGGAAGAUCAUGUUUGCUCUUCAUUCGCCCUUGAAUCCUUCGGGUGAUGUCACUGAAGAAAUGGGAAAACACAUGCAAUUACAUGGGGAUGGAGCAAAGGAUAUUGCCUUUGAAGUGAAAGAUCUGGCUGGUGUUGUGGAGACUGCUGUUAAGAGAGGGGCCAUUUUGCUGAAAGAGCCGUGGGAAGAAUCCGAUGAUAACGGGACGGUCAAAUUUGCUCAGAUACAGACGUACGGUGACACUGUUCAUACAUUUGUGGAGAGAGGUGGGUAUACUGGACUCUUUUUACCAGGGUACAAGAAACCACUCUAUUCGGAUCCUCUCCUUGCCACACUGCCAAAGGUCAACCUGAACUUCAUCGAUCAUAUAGUUGGUAAUCAGCCUGAUAAUGAGAUGGUCAGCAUAGCAGACUGGUACGAGAAGAAUCUGAUGUUCCAUCGCUUCUGGUCAGUUGACGAUUCCCAGAUUCACACUGAGUAUAGCGCCCUCAGGUCUAUUGUGGUGACCAACUAUGAAGAGACGAUCAAGAUGCCCAUCAAUGAGCCCGCUGAUGGCAAGAGAAAAAGCCAGAUCCAGGAAUACGUUGAUUACUACGGUUCAGCCGGGGUACAGCACAUUGCCCUCAACACGUCCGACAUCAUCGGGACCAUCAAAGCUCUGAAGGCUCGAGGAAUGAAUUUCCUGAGCAUCCCGGACACCUACUACACAAACCUGAAGGAAAGACUCAAGCUAUCAAAAGUAACAGUCACUGAAGACCUUGAUACGAUUCAGAAGCUCCAGAUCUUGAUUGAUUAUGAUGAUAAUGGCUACCUGCUUCAGAUCUUCACCAAACCAAUCCAAGAUCGGCCGACAGUCUUCCUGGAGUGCAUUCAACGAAAGAACCAUCAGGGAUUUGGUGCAGGUAAUUUCAAGUCCUUGUUCGAGGCCAUCGAGAUGGACCAAGCCGACAGAGGAAACUUGAUCAAGUAAUUUCGCUGCUAUGUCAGAUCUAUGGGAAACCAAUGAAUGAGUCUUCUGCACCAGUGAGUGAAGCAGGUUCCUACUAUGGAGUAGAUUAUAUUUGCUGCAAUUAUGUGUGAUAUAUCGAUAUUCAUUUAUCUCAAGUAACAUGUACAAUCAAGUCCAAUGAACAAUCAAGUCCUAUUUCAAUCAAUUAUAAUUUCAAUCAAUUAUUGGGCUCUAAUAUUUUACCUUUUUUUCUGUAUUUUUUUUUUUUUAAAUACCCCUUUGCUGUCUUCAUGGUUAUUCACCAAAUGAUAUUUUCCAAAGAAGUAAUUGAAAAAUUGAAAGUUGAUUCACAUAUUCAGCUUCAGCAGAUAAUUUCUGUUAGUGAAAAGAUUGUGUGUUUUGACACUUUUAGACAGAGUUGAUGAAUGUUUAUUUUGCAUUCACACUGCCUCUUCUGACGUUUUAUUUGUUUAUGUUUCAUUGACUUAUUGGAAAUAGAUCGAAAAACACGCCGAAUUAGUGGCGUUUGACGGUGAAUCAGAAUAAACAUUAUCCUCAUUAUUAGAAAGAUUGAUAUGUAUUCAUGGACAUGGGUCAUUCUCACCGGUAUAUGAUAUAUGUGGUGAGAAGGGGACUUCCAAGGAUACACACAAGGGUAAUAAUUAUCAAUGCAUGCUCCCAGUCCGUCAAUACUCCCAGCCCCUAGGAUACUGGAAGUCUGCACCAAACAUAAACUAAUUUGAGGCAAGAAAUCUUAACGAAUGACAUUUAGUUUGUGGUGAAAAUUUCCAUGUGUGUGCUAAACAUAUUCAGUGUAUUUGUUGUGCCUUUUAUAUGGCCUAUUUUGGAUAGUUGAUUAUCUACUCUAUUAAAGGGGCCAGCGUUGCAUUUCGGCCAUUGAAAAUAUCCAUUCUUAAAGUGAUUGCCAAAGUUAUUCAAAUCUAACUUUCCACGUACCAGUAAGCAUGCUUGUCAUAUACUUUCAAUACAGUUAUUUGCAAUUGAUAUGAAUUAAUAUGAAACACCUAUCCCACCCUGUCCUCUAUGUAGCUUUGCUGUGAAUUUGAUUUCAGUUAUUUUUCUUUCAUUUCUUUAGAUAUUUUAUUUAUUAUUAUUUUUGUAGAGGCUGAUUUUUAUUGUCUUCUUUAUCUUUUGUUGCAAAUCUUUUAUUCAACCAAUGUCUGAAGAUCGUUGAAAAAUCUGUUGAUCGCACAAGAAUUAUGAUGUAUAUUUUGUUGGAAGAACAUAUUAUUGGAUAAGGUCAUUAUAUGUAAUCAUAUCAUAUAUCAUGAGUGAAUACCAAUUAUUAUUUUGGGUGAUGAUAUGUAGAUUUUUGAAUUUCAAUAAGGCAUUUGUUCAACAUUUAAGUGUUCAUGAGAUUGAAUGUUCUGAGAAGUUUCCAAGGACCGCUUGUUACAUAACAUUUUGUGUCUUUGAUAAUUAUGGAUGUUAUGAUAACCAUAGUGUAGAAAGUCACAUAGAUUGACAUUGGGGAAGUUUAAAGAGAGAACAUAAAGGAAUGAAUAAAACUUCCCACUCAAUUUUGAACAAAUACUUGUGAACAUCCAUCUAAUGUUGUAGCUUGCAUCAAAGAUUAUCCAUCAUUUCAAGAUUUAUUGUUCAAUCAUUAUUGCAUCAUGAGUAAAUCAUGCUGAAUUUGUAAAAGGAAGAGCAUUUGAGUAGCAAUAUGAAAUACAUUGUUUGCCUUUGUCUGAAAUUUACAUUUAUUAUUGAUAAUAUUUUAUUGAAUUGUGUGCAAAUUUGUCUUCAUUCUGUGUCAACCAUUCACAUGUAAUGUGUUUCAUUUAUCAGCUGUAAGCAAUAUGAUGAUACAAGUGCUGUUAUAUUAUAAAUAAUGCACACCCCAUGAGAGGGAUUUUAUGAAAUAUAUAAAAGCCUGAAAAUAUGGGAUUGUUUUAAUGAUAAAGUGUACAGUAUAUUUUUGACCCGCGUUGAAAUAGCCAUUACCAGGAGGACUUGCUAUAGAUAUAGUGCUAGUUUCAUGUUAUGAUGGGAGUUUGGCUUUCUUCAGUUCAGCUUUAUUGAGUUUGCCUUCAUCUACAUUGGAUGGCAAAUAAAGACCCUUCAUUCAUAUCAGUAUUCAAUAAAUGUUGAUUGGUACAUGUAUAUGUCAAAUUGGCAAAGUAAUGGAUUCUUCAAGUAAUAACAUAUUUGCUUGCAACUACGGUCAUUAAAGAGUAAACUACAACCACG